AUGGUCAGUUGUAAUGCUGCCUCCCCCUCCCUUGUACACUGCUGCUCGGCCUGGAAGCCACGUCGCCCCUCUUCGCUCACCUCCUAUACUCACCACCCCACGCCACACUCCUCGGGUCGGCCACUUUGCUGAACUCAUCGGUUUCAUGGCAUGCAGGGACUCGCAGCAAAGAUGGCAGCCGCUCAAGCCGCCGGCAGUGCCGCUACACCGGGCUAUGGAUCCGCAGGAGGUGCCGCCGCCGCCGCCGCCGCGCCUGCUUAUGGAGCCCCGCCUCAGCAACCACCGCAACAGGGCGCGUAUGGUCAACCUUCGCAGCAGGGUCAGGCACAGAACGGUCAGCCGCAGUGUGAGUGGUGGUGGUGUAGUGCUGCGUGUUGGGAAGGUGCUUGAUGGAACGACGUAUUGGGCUGGAGGGAUUUCGAUCGAAACGCCAAGCUUCAUGUGGGGCCGCGCGGAAGAGAGAACUGACCAACCCCCUCGCACGUGUCUUCGUUCGCAUCGACGCUCGGGCAGAUGGAGCUCCCGCCGGUCAGACGCCUCAAUGCGAGUACAUUCAGAUAGUGUAGAUUAAUCGUACUGAACGCUGACGAUCGACAGUGCUAUAUACGCCACACAGACGGCGCCCCCGCUGGUCAGCCGCCCUCGGUUCCGGGAGGACGACCCGCUCAACCUGGUCAGCAGCAAGGUGACUCCUUUUUCAGAACGCUUGUUUCCCUCCUCGGUGUUCGAGACUAAUUCCGAACGUCAUCAUCACAGGCCAAUACGGUCAACAGCCACAGCAGUCUCAGUACGGUCAGCCGCAACAGCAGCAAGGCCAGUAGUUUGGCGCAACUUCAUUGCGGUCAACGUGGUGACCGAUUCUGAUCUGCAUCCCCCCUUGCCUCUUUCACAGGCUACGGACAGCAAAGCUCUUACGGUCAGCAAGGUCAAUAUGGCCAACAGCAAGGGCAAUGUGAGUUCCUGACGCAGCUGGCCUUGGGAAGACUUUGGCGCCGAGCUGAAAUUGCUUACGACUUUCCUCGUACAGACGGAGCACCUCAGGGUCAGUAAGGUUACGGCGAGCAGAUGUUCCACAUCCAGCAUCAUGUUAGGUAGCUGAGGUUUGCUCUCGAGUUUGGCUUUCACCAGGCGCUUCGCAGCAAGGGCAAUACGGCCAGCCUCCCCAAGGACAGCAGCAAUGUAAGCUCCGAUCGAGGCUCAUGCGAAGAUCGAGUCGUUGAUGGUAUGCCUAUCCUAUCGCCACAGACGGCGCCCCUGCACAAGGCGGCCAGUACGGAGCUCCCCAACAACAAGGCCAAUACGGCGCGCCUCAGCAAGGUCAAUACGGUGCACCGGCUCAGGGCCAACAGCAAUACGGGGCCCCUCAACAAGGCGGCGCUGCCGGUGGCCCCGGAGGACCUUCCGUUCAAGCGAUCCUCGACGCGCUCCGUACGGGUGUCCAAGACCAAAACAUUUCGGCCUUUUACCCCCCCGGAUCGCUCGAACGUCUUGCCGAGAACGUUCAUCGCUCCGGUGCGUUGCCCAAGAUUGCCGCGUUGUUCAAGAUCCCGAUGGAGGUCGCGAUGGAUCUCGUGCGCUUGGCCUUGUUCGACGUCGUCCUCUACGCCGACGAUUCGGGUUCGAUGUCGUUCGAGGACAAUGGAUCGCGCAUCGAGGAUUUGAAGAUGAUCGUUUCCCAAGUCGCUAGUGCGGCUUCGUUGUUCGAUCAGGAUGGUAUUCAAGUCAGGUUCAUGAAGUAUGUCAAAUCUCGUUGCCUCCUACGCUCUGGACUUGACGCUCAGGAAGAGAUGCUGACCCUAUCCCCAUCCCCGCCCCCACCCGAACCAGCUCCCGCGUCGAAGGCAACAACAUCAACUCGGACGCCGCUGCGUUGGCGCUCGUUGGUCAAGUCAAGUUCUCGGGACUUACGCCGCUCGGUACGGCGAUGCAGCAAAAGAUCCUCGAACCGCUCGUGUUGCAGCCGGCGAGGCAAGGGCGAUUGCAAAAACCCGUGCUCGUCAUCACCAUCACCGACGGACAGCCCGGUGGAGAAGCUCGUGAGUAUUUUGGCAGACGUGAAGCGGAUUUGCCGAGCGGACGCUCGAAACUGAAACCUGGGAGCUUGAAAUUGAUCACACAGGUGAUACGAUCGUGCGCGUCAUCAAGGCCGCGAGUCAGGAGUUGCGCUCGACGCGCUACGGCAGCGACGCGAUCUCGUUCCAGUUCGCUCAAGUCGGCGAGGACCAGGCGGCGCGCCAGUUCUUGGAGGAGCUCGAUGUGAGUUGAAAGAGUUCCGAGGGUGGAGUUGCGCGCGGUCAGUUGAUGCAAGCGUUCUUUCGAUGGAUGUUGCUCUGAUAGGUCAACCCCGAGAUUGGUGGCUUGAUUGAUACUACUUCGUGAGUUCCGAGCUCGAGCGGACUUUGAAGUUUACCGCUUACGGGUACUGAACCUGCGCACGAAAUUUCAUCCUCAUAGUAACUACGAGAAUGAAGCCGACAACAUGAUGAGGGCGAACCCACCUUUGGACCUCUCGCCUCAGCUCUGUACGUAUCGAGGCGGCAUCCCGAACAAGGAAGGCUCUCAAGCGUUUCAAAGCUGACCGUACAGCCAUUGUUGGAUCUUACAGGGAUCGUCAAGAUGCUGUUGGGCGGUAUCGAUUCGUCGUACGAUACCAAGGAUGAGAAGUAG